AUGAAAAUCGAUCACAUAUUUAAGAUUAAUUACAAUGAAGUAAUUCAUGUAUAUUUUAACAUUUUUAGUGACGGGUCUAUUUUUGUUUCUGGAAAUUUCAAAGUUACUAAAAGUCUCACAAUUUUGAAAGGAGGGAAGUUGGUGAUUUCUGGAGACAUUUUUAUUGAAGAAAACACAAUUAUUAAAUGUGAAAAAUGUGAAGUAAAAUGUACCAAUAUGUAUUUAAAUAAAAACACAACGUUUUUAGCAAAUUCAAAAAGUGUUUUAUACAUCAACACAAUAUCAACAGAGAAGAACACACAAAUUAUUUUAUCGUCAAUUUCACUACAAUUUGAAAAUAUCAAAAUUAAUAAAAAUUCGACUUUAACUUUAGACGAAGUCCAAUUUUUGAAUACAACAAAAGAAAAUAAUCAACGUGAAGUAAUUUUUAAUGGAAUUUGUACUUUCAAAAAUCUUGAAGUUUUAGAUUCAAAUGUUAUUAUAAAAGCUUUGAGUGUGUUAAACGUUGAAAAUAUAAUAUCAAGUGGUGAUUCUAUUUUUACACUUAUUGAUAAAUUUAGACUGCACUCAAACAUGAUACAAAUGAGAAACAAUUCUUAA